UUGAAUGAAAUUAAAAGUCAAAUCAUUGCUAAAUAAUGCAUUGAUAAUACAAUUUUUGUUCCCGUUCUACUGAUUUAUUUUUUUUAACAACACAUUUUUCAUUGAUUUAUCAAUGAAUAAAUUUUAAUUGUGUCAAAAUCAUGAAUUCGAAUGACGAUUCGAUCAGACAACAACAACAACAACGAGAUUUUAUUAUUGUUAUUGUCAAUUUAUUUUCUAUUUCUAUAUUGAGUUUCAUAUAAACAUCCACAUUUAUUAAACGACCAAUUUUGCCACAUUAUUACAAAUUUGGAUAAGAAGCAACGUGGAAAAAGUGAUUGCAACUAGUUUGAUUCAGUCACAAAUCCAUCAAAUUAUUAACCCAUGGUAUUAUUAAAGCUGUUUUUGUUUGCUAAUUAAUGAUUUGUCAUUGCAAUCGUUUUGUUAUUGUUGUGUGAUACCCAGAAAAAUCUCAAAUAGUGCUUAAUCAUUGACCUAAUACAAUAUUAUUACAAUAUUUACCUUUUAUUAUUGGAAACCAACAGCCAAAAAUGGACAUCGAAUUUACAUUGAACGAUAUACUUGGUUAUUUUGAGCAAAAAGGUGGUAAAGUAAUCUAUACUGAAUUGGUUACUCAUUUCAAAGCUGCGUUGUCCAACCCGAAUACAUUAGCAAAUGCACGAGUUAUAUUUAAAAACUAUGUAAAUACAUUGGCCACAGUGAUUAAUGAAGACGGAAUGAAAUACCUGAUUUUACGACCAAAAUAUAUGAAAACUUUGUCACGAGAAAAUUUAGCACCAAAUUCAAUUUCAUCAUCAUCAUCAGUAUCGUCGUCAUCAUCAAGCUCUCCACCGACAUCGCCAUUACAGCCAAAAGCUAUUACCACAUUGACAACUAAUUAUCGCCAUUCAAACGAAUAUGGUACUAGUAACAAUGGCAAUGGCCUUAAACAUUCAAACGAUCUCAAUCAUUUAAAUCAAAAUGUUGAUAAUGUUUCUAUGAGUUCAUCGAAUAAUAGUAAACCAAAUCGACCAUCAUCUUUGCUUAUAAUUGACGAUUUAAAUGAUUUAAAUCUUUCACCAUCAGCGUGCAACAACAACAGUAUUCAACAAAAUGAAGAUAAAACAAAUGUCAUCAACAAUCCGCAACAUAUGUUGGCCAACAAUUUUGUCUACAAUGCUGACUUGAAACAGAAACAGCUGCCUUAUUAUUCAAAUCACAAUAGAACGGCAAGAUAUAGCUCGUUGAUGAAUAAUGGUGCUAGCAAUGGUAGCGUCAAAAAUGUCCUUCCAACAAUCAACGAAAUUAAUAUUAAUAAUAAUAAUAUUAAUUCAACUAAAACGUCCUCUUCUAUUGUUAACAAUAAUUGCAAUGAAAAUGAUAAUGAUCCAUUAUUGUUAACGGCAACAGUAGCUGAUGAUUCACCUCCACCACGACCACCACCAAGAAAGAAAAAUAGUUUCAGCCAACCAGCAAUAUCGCCAUCAUCAACAUCGAAUGUCCUGGUUGCAUCCUCUGCUGGUUCAACAUCCGCCUCUAAUAAUGAUCCUAUUUUACGUAAUAAUGCCCACCUUCAUCACCAUAAUCAUCGAUUAAAACAAUCCAAUGACGCUUUGAUAGAAACAAUUGAAACAGUGAAUACGGUGAAAAAAGAGAUCCAAGAAUUAUCUCGUACACCCGGACGUGUUAAAGAGCAUGCACAAAUAUUGAAUAAAUUGGUACAGGAUACAAAAUUGCCCAUGCCUACGACAACAACCAAUUCCAUAUCACAAGUGGUGAAUAAUAAAAUUCGUUAUAAUCCUAGCUCACAGCAAUCGGACACCGAUUCCGGUUCAGUACAUCUAACCGAUCCAUUAAAGAAAAGAUGGAUCAUCGCAUCUUCAGACUGUGAUUAUCAGGAACUUGUUUCAUUACUCAAACAAGAUCCCGAAUUAUGUCGUUACUGUGAUUGUAUUAUGGGUUAUAGUGCUUUGCAUUGGGCAGCCAAAUUCAAUAAACCUGAAAUAAUCAAAUUGAUGGCUGGCACUUUCAAAGCCGACCCAAAUGUUAAAUCAUUCAGUGGCAGUACACCACUUCAUAUUGCAGCUCAAUUUAAAAAUGAAGACAUCAUGAAGAUGCUUAUUUAUCAUUAUGAUGCAAAUCCAGAUAUUCGAGAUAAUUAUGGUAAAAAAGCCCAUCAAUACUUGCCGAAAAAGACGAAUGAAUUCAAUGUUCAGGGUCAAUCAUUGUCUAACAGACAGUUAUCCGAUGUUAGUAAUAAUUCACCGGUGAUAAUUUGUAACACUGGUGGUUCGGCUGCUAGCACAACAGCAUUAUCAGCAACAGAAAAUCUAAAGAAUAAUCUCCGUAAUAAAAUUUCUCAUCAAUCGAUGCUCGUACGAAAUACAUUACGAAACACCAAAGCAUUCAAACGGCGGAAAAGUAUGAAUGAAAAAUCUAAACAAAAACAUCUACAUAAGCAGCAGAAUGCUGCUGCUGGCAAUACACAUUCCUAAAAUUUGGUUCCUGUUUUAAUUAUAUACAAAAAUUUGUUAAGAAUUUUAAAAUCAAUGUUAACAUACAUUUUUUAUUAUUAAAUAAAUUUCAAAAAAUUUAUAA